GCAGUCAAUAUUCGGAAGAUUUUCAAUAGCUUGAAAUUUAUUUUUAGAGAAGCGAAUUACCAAGCAAGUCCACAGAAAUGUUGAUGUGCUUGGCGAUCGGCUGAAAAUCAAAGGAGUGACAAGUGAUAAUAAGGGGCAGUAUCUAUGCCGAGUUCCUAAAAAGGCAUAUAUAUCAAUCAAUCUCGAAGUGGGAGAUGCACCGAAGAAAACUGCGACACUCCUUGUCUACCCUCAAGUCACAGACAAUAAGUACGCUGUCCUCAAAGUUGAUUUUGGUACUGAAAUCGACGAUGAUCAGCAGUACGCAUUGAGAUAUUUGCCUACACGACGUUCCUUAUAG